CUCACACACAACACUGCCAGCUUUGUUCGAGUUGCAGAGCGUUCAACGGCCUCCUUUUUAGUUUUUUGCAUUUCCAAAUUCCGUCAACAUGUCGUUCGGCGGCCAGACGCCCACGAUUGUGGUGCUGCGGGAGGGCACCGAUCAGUCUCAGGGCCGGGGACAAGUCGUCUCAAACAUCAACGCCUGCCUUGCUGUGCAGGCAACGAUCAAGGGGACAUUGGGUCCUUAUGGCGGUGACCUGCUCAUGGUCGAUGAGAAUGGCAGGCAGACAAUCACAAAUGACGGUGCCACAGUCAUGAAGCUCCUCGACAUCGUUCACCCUGCCGCCCGCGUUCUCACCGACAUUGCACGAUCGCAAGACGCCGAAGUUGGCGAUGGCACCACGUCCGUUGUUGUGUUGGCAGGAGAGAUUCUCAAGGAGAUCAAGGACUUUGUCGAGCAAGGAGUCAGCAGUCAGACCAUCAUCAAGGGCCUGCGGAGAGCGUCCAACCUCGCCGUCAACAAGAUUAUGGAAAUCGCCGUCGACACGGCCGAGGGCAACCAGCGGGAUACGCUUCAAAAGCUGGCCGCCACCGCCAUGAGCAGCAAGCUGAUCCACAGGAACGCCGAAUUCUUCACAAAGAUGGUGGUGGACGCAGUGCUCUCGCUCGACCAGGAGGAGCUGAACGAGAAGCUCAUUGGAAUCAAGAAGAUUACUGGUGGAGCGCUCCAGGACUCUCUCUUCGUCAACGGUGUCGCUUUCAAGAAGACGUUUGCGUACGCCGGUUUCGAGCAGCAACCGAAGAAGUUCAAGCAGCCCAAGAUUGUGUGCCUCAACGUCGAGCUCGAGCUCAAGAGCGAAAAGGACAAUGCCGAGGUACGGGUGGAGCAGGUCUCGGAAUACCAGGCGAUUGUGGAUGCGGAAUGGCAGAUUAUUUACAACAAGAUGGAGGCACUCUACAAGACAGGCGCCAAGGUUGUGCUCAGCAAGCUGCCUAUUGGUGACUUGGCGACACAGUACUUUGCGGACCGCGAUAUCUUCUGCGCUGGACGAGUAGCGGCUGACGACCUCGAUCGCGUAUGCCGAGCAACAGGCGCGAGCAUUCAGUCGACGUGCUCUGACAUCCAGGCCAAGCACCUCGGAACCUGCGAAUCGUUCGAAGAGCGCCAGAUUGGUGGGGAGCGGUUCAACUUCUUCGAGGGGUGCCCCGAGGCCAAGACGUGCACACUGGUGCUCCGAGGUGGCGCAGAACAGUUUAUUGCCGAGGUGGAGCGAAGUUUACACGACGCCAUCAUGAUUGUCAAGCGCGCCAUCAAGAACAGGAAUAUCGUUGCGGGCGGUGGAGCGGUGGAGAUGGAAAUCUCGUCAUUCCUGCACAACUAUGCCGACAGCAACAUUCCGCACAAGCAGCAACCUAUCAUCAAGGCGUUUGCAAAGGCGCUCGAGGUGAUUCCCAGGCAACUGUGCGACAAUGCGGGUGUGGACGCAACGGACAUCCUCAACCGACUGCGCGUGGAGCACAAGAAGGGCAACAUCUGGGCGGGUGUCGACUUUACCACGGAGAGCAUAGCGGACAACAUGGAGAGGUUCGUGUGGGAGCCGAGUCUGGUCAAGGUCAAUGCUCUGCAGGCAGCGACGGAGGCGGCGUGCCUGAUUCUGAGCGUUGACGAGACGAUAAAGAACCAAGAGUCACAGCAGCCACAAGCACCCAACAAGCCGCUGCCCCCUGGCGCAGCACAACGGGCGCUGGGCGGGGGUGGUCGAGGACGCGGCCGCGGCAUGCCCAGGCGGUAAAGAGUCGAGGGUGAGGGGAAAGAGACAAUGUAUACCAUGAUAGAGAAAGGCCUUGGCUUUGCCGCCAUCAAGCCCAGCUGUCUAUGAAUAAUACGAUAAAGAGACGAC